AUGUCAGUGCUGCCCGACUCUCCUAAUGCCAGUGCUUUAGGACUUGCAUCGAUUUUCACUGUGCGAGAGCGUGAGCGUGCAAGGGAGCGUAAAGCGAGCGAACAGCCAAGGUGGCUUCCGUCCAACUCUUCCGAUGCCAUUGCCUUGGGGAUCGCGUCGGACCACAGUGUAGUGCUGCCCGAUGCUCUCGACUGUCAAUGCUGUGCAACGCCAAUGUCGGUGCUGUCCGAGUUCUUGAAUGUGCUGUCGGACUAUCCUAUUGCCAUUGCCGUGCAUCUCAUCUCUGCCCUCGGCUUGGCCUGGUCCGCCCAGUUUUCCGCCUGGGCCGCCCUAGAUCCGACCCUGCUCAGCAUUGCCCAGAACUGCUCAAUUGGCACCACAGUAUUGACAUCGGUGUGCGCGUUGCGCUGCGUUUGCACCGAGUUCACCAGCUUUGCUUCGGCCCUAGCUCUACCCAACAUUGAUCCUACGCUUGCCCUACGUUUUCAUGUGGUGCCACUAUAUCGCUCCGCAAAACCACACCCGCACACUCUAACCCGCAAAAACCUCACAAAGCCCAUCAUCCCCACGAAACAACUCGCGAUUCCCGGACCCGGCAAAGCCGUACAGCUCACCUCCAUCCGUCGCACGCAGGAAAUCCUCUGGAGUCCCAGCGACCCAUUCACCAUCAAACCCCUGUGCAUUUCAAGCCCACUCAACCCUCUCCAUCCCAUAACUUGA